AUGUCAAAUCUUGCAAAGCUUGAAUUUGCGGCCCUUGAUAUUUCGGGGGACAAUUAUUUAUCAUGGAUUUUAGAUGCUGAGAUUCAUCUAGAUGCAAUGGGUCUGGGUGAUGCUAUUAAAGAAGGAAAUAAAGCAUCUGAACAAGAUAAAGCUAAAGCUAUGAUUUUCCUUCGUCGCCAUCUUCAUGAAGGGUUGAAAAUUGAAUACCUUACUAUAAAAGACCCUUCUGUACUAUGGAAAAAUUUAAAAGAAAGAUAUGACCAUCAAAAGACCGUGAUUUUGCCAAAAGCUCGUUAUGAUUGGAUGCAUUUACGGUUGCAAGAUUUUAAAACUGCAUUGAUUGAGAAUAUAAGAACUCAGCAUGAUGAUGGAACUGCUACUGUCUUAAGUGUAGUAUUGGAGGCAACAAAAAUUGUAGAGAUAAAAGCGAAAUUGGAGAAUUCAGAAACUGUCGAAACUCUCACACCACCUACUUCUGGGAUUGAUCCUUUACCUCCUUGUAUGGCUACAUUGUCAACUGAGCAUAGUAAAGGUCGGUCAGAUGUGUGGGGGCAUUUUACCAAACAAAAACCUUAUUCUGAGAAGAAGGCUAAGUGCAAUUACUGUGGUGAUUUGAUUAAAUAUUGGCUGGAACAAGUGGGAUGA